ACAGCAGACUGCGAUAUGUGUUUUUUAGGCGAUGUUUCUACUGUGACGUAUAUUCUAGUGGACGGAAGGCUUCUUCAACAACUGCAGCCACCUCCGUAGCUCGCUGGACAACAAAGUCGGAACAUUCAAGUUCUUUAGACAAUUUACUUGUUUAUUUGCCACUAUGAUUUAAACAUACUUAUGUGGAAACAACUAGCUACCCCAUUUAGUUUAAUAUUUACGUUGUAAGUCAACUUGUUGGCUGGUUAAGUUAGCACUAGUCUAGUCGCUAAUGCUAACAUCUCCGACCAUGAGCUCACUAAGCUACUCUCCUGCUGAAGAAGAGGAGGUCUGCUGGACGGAGAAAGAAGCUCUCGUGAAAGAGGAGGAGGGAGAAGAGGCUAUUACAAUACAAAAACAAGUAGAGGGUGAGGCUGUUACCGUGAAAGAAGAAGAGAAAGACGCCUUCAGAGUGAAAGAGGAGGAAUAUUCGGUUUUUGGAGUGGAGGAUGAAGUGAAAGAAGAUGAAGAGGUUUUUGGAAUGAAGGAUGAAGAGGGGGAGAUUACUGUCACAUUAGAGGAGGACGAAGAAGAGAGGACUGGAGAUCUGAUUAACACCAGUAAAUACAGAGAGAGACAGAACUACUGUGUAUCCUCUGGGGAGCCUCAACAACAUCAUGAUGCUGACAGGGCAGAGAAGAGUCUCUCCACAGCAGAACACCUGCGCAGAUCCACAAGGAACAGAUCUCACUGCUGUUCUGAUUGUGGGAAAUGUUUAAAAUCUUCAUCAGAACUUAAAAUACAUCUGAGAAAUCACACGGGAGAGAAACCUUACUGCUGCUCUUACUGUGGGAAGAGUUUUACUCUGUCAACCCACCUGAUAUCACACCAGAGAACACACACAAGAGAGAAACCUUAUAGCUGUGAUCAAUGUGGGAAGAGUUUUCCUCAGGUAAGAAACCUGAUAUCACACCAGAGAAUACACACAGGAAAGAAAUCGUAUAGCUGUGAUGAAUGUGGGAAGAUUUUUACUUGUUCUAGCUAUCUUGUUGUACACCGGAGAACACACACCGGAGAGAAACCUUUUAGCUGUAACCAAUGUGGGAAGAGUUUUACUCGGCCAAGCAGCCUGAUAUACCACCAGAGAACACACACAGGAGAGAAACCUUAUAGCUGUGCUCAAUGCGGGAAGAGUUUUACUAUAUCUAGUGUGCGGACUAGACACCAAAGAGAACACACACACAGGAGAAAAACCUCAUAGUUGUAAUCAAUGUGGGAAGAGAUAUGAUUUAAAAAAAUAUAUAUUUCAC